AGCAGCACACAAAUCACAAACGAUGCGCAAGUAAAUGAGCGAUAAUAAAUAUGAAAAUCGAAGAAUGGAUGGAGCUCGCAGUCGUCGAGCUGUAAUAACGAUCCAGGCCGCACGCUGCGCGACCUUUACACACUGAACUCGAAAUGGCGAGUAAUGCCAACACAGUCGAAAGUCCAACUAACUAAAGAAACAUCGCGAGAAGAAAAGAGUCCGCGAGAGGAGGCGCGCGGCGAGUAUAUAGCUCGAGUCUGAAAAUGCUCUCUUUGCUAACGAAAUUAAAAGAGCUGCAGCUCGGCGAGUGGGAAUGACGACGAGCUGGCUCGCGAGCCGUUUUGCCGCCUCCGCCGUUUUUCCGCGCUGAUCCCUUUAAGAACUUGCAUUCGCGGGCUUCGAAACCUUAUCGGUGCAUUUUCGCUUUUUAAUGUAGGUGGCUGGGAGUCGCGUCGAGUUAGGCCCGAGCUGCUGCAGUCAGCCAAGUGCAAUCCGUCACUUCGGGCAUAUAAGUUGAAAGUCGGUGUAUCGCGCGCGCACCCGUUCCAGGACUCGUCACGCUCAGAGCUUGGCAGCAGCGGAUCCCGUUCCGAGAGCUGUCCUCGUCCUUGCGAUCGUCGGUCCGUCCGAAGAUCCGGGCAUCGAGCACAAAUGUUUGCCCUCCUGCUAAUGGCCUACGUGGCCGCCGUCAAAGUCUACAAGAAGACCACUCCGAACGGUAAGGUGACGGUGUACCUGGGCAAGCGCGACUUUGUCGACCAUCUGGACUACGUGGACCCGAUCGACGGCAUCGUGGUCAUCGAGAACGACUACCUGCAGGGGCGCAAAGUUUACGGCCAGGUGACGACCACCUACCGCUACGGUCGCGAGGAGGAUGAGGUCAUGGGCGUCAAGUUCAGCAAGGAGCUGGUGCUGUGCAAGGAGCAGAUCAUACCGGGCAAGAAGGACAGCAACAAGGACUACACGCCGAUUCAGGAACGCCUGCUGAGGAAGCUCGGUUCCAACGCCUACCCGUUCCUCUUUCAGUUCCCGGCCAACUCGCCGAGCUCGGUCACCCUUCAGCCGGGCGACGACGAUCAGGGCAAGCCUCUCGGCGUCGAGUACACCGUGAGGAUCUUCGUCGCCGAGGGUGACGACGACAAGGGUCACAAGAGAUCGUCGGUGGCACUGGCCAUCAAGAAGCUGCAGUACGCCCCGCCGACUCGGGGCCGCAGACUGCCGAGCUCGCUCGUCUCCAAAGGAUUUACCUUCUCGCAGGGCAAGCUCAACUUGGAGGUGACGCUCGACAAGGAGAUUUACUAUCACGGCGAAAAAGUUUCGGCCAACGUCAUCGUAACCAAUAACUCGCGCAAGGCCGUGAAGAACAUCAAGCUGGCCGUGGUGCAACAUUGCGAGGUGACGAUGGUCAACGCCCAAUUCUCGAGGCAGGUCGCGAGCUUGGAGACCCGCGAGGGCUGCCCCAUAACACCGGGCGCCUCCUUCUCCAAGCAGUUCUUCAUGGUGCCACUGGCCAGCAGCAACAAGGAUCGCCGGGGCAUCGCUCUCGACGGACAUCUCAAAGACGACGACGUGAACCUGGCCUCGUCCACCAUGGUGGCGGAUGGCAAAGCACCCAACGACAAUAUGGGUAUCGUCAUCUCGUACUCUGUCCGAGUCAAGCUCAACUGCGGCACCCUCGGCGGUGAGCUCCAAACCGACGUCCCGUUCAAGCUCAUGCACCCAGCUCAAGGUGCUGGAGAAGGAUCGCGAGAAGGUGAAGGCGGCGGCCGUGACCGAAAAAUGAAGAAAACCAAGAGCGUCGAGAGGAACCGUUAUUCCGACAAUUAUGCAAAUGACGACGAUGACAACAUCGUUUUCGAGGACUUUGCCCGUUUGCGGCUCAACGAUCCCGAAUAAUCGCUCUCUCAUCUUGCGUGUUUUGCUUCUAUAUGGCACUUGCAGCUGCGAUAUCAACUUACCCUUGCAGGCACGCAUACGUAAACCCGAAGGAUAUUAACGAUCGCGGCAGUUUGCUUUUCGAGAAAAAAAUCGUUAUACCUGUACCGUAUUAUCGACUAUAUUAUUUCUAUCUCAGAUGAUCGGCUGACCAGAUGACCAUGUUCUUGUACAUGCAUUUAUUGCAUCUUACGUAAUUAUUGUAAGUGAGAAAAAUUGACGAAUUACUUUCCAAAUUCGUCCACUUGCGCGCGCUACAAUACCAAAGUGCACGUAGCAAAGUAGACGCGUUAAAAAUACGUAUUCUUCUUUAUAAGACCGAAAAAGCGCGAGGAAAAAGUAUUUAACAGUGCGACACACACACAUACACACUUACACAUACCAGAAACUAAGUUAAGCCCAGUCUCGAAGAUUUCGUCUCGAUUGUGGUGGUCGAGGCGAAAUCCUCUCUCCAAUAAAUAUCACGAGACGAGACAAAAUUUUUCGAUUGAAUCUUUUUAAUUACUUACUGAUUUAGUCUUAUGAUGUUAUUUAUUCGUAAUUAAUAUAAUGGCAUGUUUCCCGUCUUACCAGAAGUGACAUAUUAUACAUUAUUAAAUUAUUGCAUUUCUCAUGUAUUCAGUGUUAUAAAAUAUUAGCUCUUACUUGGUAUAAAAAGAAUUUCACGAUUCCCCAAAAUGUUGUUGAGUUUUUACUGUACAUUAGAAAAAUAUUUAUAAAUAUAUAUAUAUACAUAUAAUUGUAUUUCAGGUUCUUAGAUUAUUCAAAUAUGAUUUAUAAUAAAUAAAACAUUCCACACAUAUUUAUGAUCUUUAUCAUCAUGAUUAAUGUUCAUGUAAUUCGUUAAUUACGUUGUUUAAAUAAAUAAAAUCACAAUUAAACUAA